AAUUGUAUCAAGUGACCGGAGCUUCCAGCCCCCCUAUUGUGUUAGCAGUCACACUGCAUCCUGCCCGAGCACCCACAGCUCUGAUGCCUAUUGGGUGACACUGACCGGGUCCUAUCUGGUUUGGCCAUGCGUGGAGCAAAGCAGUCUGGGGGCAUCGUGCAACGUUCCAAGAGAUGGUUACCUGUGCCUCGACUUUCCAUCAAGCGGCGCCUCGGUCAGCUUCCGCCUUCAUUAAGACUGCGCUCUUGGCAGCUGCUUAAGCCACUCCUACAUGCUGGGCUUCGCCCACCUAGUCGUGUUAGCAAGGCUGUGUACAGCAGAGCCCCCACGCGCCUGUUAUCUCGAGUGUGGGGCCUGAUUAAUGAGGUCAACCUCCCUCACUGGUUGCGCCGGCCCCUGCUCUCACUCUACGUAUGGGCCUUCUCUGUGAAUAUGGCCGAGGCCGAGGAGGAAGAUUUAAACCGGUAUCAGAACUUGGGGGAGCUCUUCCGACGGUCACUGAAACCCACAGCCAGAACCAUUGACUCUCAUUGUGUGGUCAGUCCAUGUGACGGACGUGUUCUGCACAGUGGCCGAGGCCGUGGUUCUCAGAUCGAGCAAGUUAAAGGUCUGACAUAUUCACUGGAGAGCUUCUUGGGACCCCAAGACUGGCGGGAACCAACAAAUCUAUGCCUGCCACUCCUGCAGCAGUUAGGUGUAAGAUCCUCCAGCCGGAUCUACCACCAUGUCAUAUACUUGGCACCGGGUGAUUAUCAUCGCUUCCAUUCCCCGACAGACUGGAAUGUCCAGCAUCGGAGGCACUUUCCAGGAGCACUCAUGUCCGUCAGUCCUCACGUUGCCCACUGGAUACCCAGUCUCUUCUGCCAGAAUGAACGUGUUGUGCUUAGCGGCCAGUGGCAGUUUGGCUUCUUCUCGCUAACAGCAGUGGGAGCAACUAAUGUUGGAUCCAUCCGUAUCUAUGGGGACCAGGACCUGCACACCAACUGCUCCCGCCACGUCAAAGGAAAGUACCAUGACUACAGCUAUACGGAUCAGUAUGGACCUGAAGGACUAUCCCUAGUGAAGGGACAACCCUUGGGCGAGUUCAACUUUGGUUCCACCAUUGUGCUUAUCUUUGAAGGACCUCUUCAAUUCAAGUUCCAGAUCACGGCAGGGGGACGGAUUCAUGUUGGAGAGGCCCUGGGAACCUUUUGAUGACUUUGCACUAAGGAGCAACAGUAUUGACACCUAAACGGACUCUAGGGUGUUGAACACCCUUAGUUUAUUUUUUUGUUGUUUUUUUUAAAAAAAAAUCAUUUUUCUAAUAAUGGAAAACAAAGCACAUGAAACUGUUAGGAAAUCGUGAUUUUAUUUAAAAUACAAUUUAUAAAAACGACA